UCAGCUGCGCAAACUCUGCAAUGUUCUCUGGUUAGGAAGUCGAUGCUUCUCUUAGUCAUUAAAACACCUAAGCGUUGUCCCAACUACGUCCUAAGCUUCUUGUUUCUCUUUUUUAACACCUUUCGAGGAGUUGUGUUUAUCAGUACGUGCUGCAGAACGGUUGUUGUAUGAGUCAAAAAAUAGAAAAGCCAGUGCUAUCAGGUCAACGCAUAAAGACCCGAAAAAGAGAUGAAAAAGAGAAGUACGAUCCUACCGGAUUCCGAGAUGCAGUGUUACUGGGUCUGGAGAAGGCUGACAACGACUUAGACGCAGUAUCGAAGUACCUCGACACCGCAGGCUCUAAACUGGACUACCGCCGGUAUGGCGAGGCUCUAUUCGACAUCCUGAUCGCCGGCGGGCUUCUCGUCCCCGGAGGAUCCGUCGCCCAGGAUGGAGACAAGCUCUGCAAAACAAAGGCCUGCGUGUUUGAGCAGCCGAUGGACAUGGAGUCGCUGAAGAACUUCGAGCAGGUGUUCAUAAAAUUGAUGCGCCGGUACAAGUACCUGGAGAAAAUGUUCGAGGAGGAGAUGAAGAAGGUACUCGUUUUUAUAAAGGGGUUCACGACCCAGGAGCGCAUCAAGCUCGCCAGGAUGACGGCCCUCUGGAUCUCGAACGGUGCCGUGCCCCCUACGGUCCUCGGCGUCCUGAUCAACGAACAUCUCGUCAAAGACAAUCUGGCUCUUGACUUCCUUCUUGAGGUCUUCGUCACCUGGAAGAAUGAAAAGGGCCUGCCGAGUCUUAUGACCGCUCUCAAGCGUGGUGGCAUCGAGGGACGGCUCAUGGAGUUCGUGCCCCCGAACAAGCGCACCGAGGAGUACUUCCGCUCCGUCUUCGAGUCUGUUGGGCUGACUGACAUCGUUAAGCUCCACAAGAACCAGGCCAGUCAGGAGGCCAAGCGUGAUCUCCAGCAACUCCUUGUUGAGGACCUCGCCGACAAUCGCGCCAUUAAGGACAUUGUGCUUGAUGUCAAGGAAAUGGCUUUGAAGUGUGCUAUUCCUGAGCAUGAAGUCAUUGGACUGAUCUGGACUGUUGUAAUGGGACUCGCUGAAUGGAAUAAAAAAGAAGAACUAGUUGCCGAACAAGCAUUGAAACAUUUAAAAAUAUACACACCAUUGUUUGGGGCAUUUACUACCACUGCCAAAUCAGAACUCGCUCUAAUUUUAAAAGUCCAAGAGUUCUGUUAUGAAAAUAUGAAUUUUAUGAAAGUCUUCCAGAAAAUCGUCUUACUAUUUUACAAAACGGACGUAAUUUCUGAGGAGGUUAUAUUAAAAUGGUACAAGGAGGGCCAUUCGCUCAAAGGUAAAAUUCUUUUCUUGGACCAAAUGAAAAAGUUUAUUGAAUGGCUGCAAAAUGCUGAGGAAGAAUCUGAAUCAGGAGAAGAGGAGGAUUAAAUUUAAUUAUAACCAAUAAUCCGUUUAUUGAAACUCAACACUAAAUUACAAAGAAAAUAAUAUUAUCAAUUUAAUCUCUGACAAAAAAAAAAAAACAUUUUUUCCGAUUUAUUGAACCUACAAAAGUUACAACAAUAAUUGAAAUUAUAAGUCUGUCCAAAUUU